ACACAUAUCUCUUCUCCUCCCCCUCCUAUAAAAAAAACCAAGAUUUGCCUCUCAUAUCACAUCUUUUUUUUUCUUCUUAGUUCUUAUUUUUAUUUUUUCUUCUUUUUUUUUUUUACAUGAAGAAGAACAGGGCAAUGGCCUUAACAUGUGAAAACAAGAAACACCAACACUCUGUUUUGCUCUGUUUCUUCUUCAUUUUGGCUCAUUUUUGCUUAGAAUUCAAGCCAGUUUUGGCUCAAACAUCUGCUGUUUUUGCUUGUGACACUGAAACCAAUUCUAGCCUAAAAAGUUUUGCAUUUUGUGAUGUCUCAUUGGAUGUGUCAUCCAGGGUGAAAGAUCUAGUGAAAAGAUUAACAUUACCAGAAAAAAUCACUAUGUUGGUAAACACUGCUGGUAGUGUGAGUAGGCUUGGAAUCCCAAAAUAUGAGUGGUGGUCUGAAGCUUUACAUGGGAUUUCAUACACUGGUCCAGGAGUUAAAUUCAAUAAUAUAGUCCCUCAUGCCACUAGCUUCCCUCAGCCCAUUCUCACUUCUGCGUCUUUCAAUGAAACUCUAUUUGAGACCAUUGGAAAGGUGGUAUCCACUGAGGGUAGAGCAAUGUACAAUGUUGGUCAAGCAGGAUUGACAUAUUGGUCACCAAAUGUGAAUAUUUACCGCGAUCCCAGAUGGGGAAGAGGCCAAGAAACAGCGGGUGAAGAUCCAACGCUCUCUAGCAAGUAUGGUGUGGCAUAUGUUAAAGGUCUGCAGCAGCGCGAUGACGGCAAAAAAGACAUGCUCAAGGUUGCUUCUUGCUGUAAGCAUUAUACAGCUUAUGAUGUCGAUAAUUGGAAAGGAAUCCAACGUUACAAUUUCAAUGCUAAGGUAACACAGCAAGAUUUAGAUGAUACAUUUAACCCUCCAUUCAAGAGUUGUGUUCUUGAUGGAAAUGUAGCCAGUGUGAUGUGUUCGUACAACCAAGUCAAUGGAAAGCCUACUUGUGGUGAUUAUGACCUUCUUGCAGGGGUCAUCAGAGGACAAUGGAAAUUGAAUGGAUACAUUGUUACGGAUUGUGAUUCGUUAAAUGAGAUGUACUGGGCGCAACACUAUACCAAGACACCAGAGGAGACUGCAGCUUUGUCUCUAAAUGCAGGUUUGGACUUGAAUUGUGGAUCUUGGCUUGGUAAAUACACUCAGGGUGCCGUAAGCCAAGGACUUGUAAAUGAAUCAGUUAUUGAUAGAGCAGUCUCAAACAAUUUUGCUACACUAAUGAGACUCGGAUUCUUUGAUGGCAAUCCGAAAAACCAAAUUUAUGGAAAUCUUGGUCCCAAAGAUGUUUGUACUCAAGAACACCAAGAGCUAGCUCGUGAAGCUGCAAGACAAGGAAUUGUCUUGCUUAAAAACACUGCUGGAUCAUUACCUUUAUCCCCCAAAGCCAUCAAGUCAUUAGCAGUCAUUGGCCCCAAUGCCAACCUUGCCUAUACCAUGGUUGGAAGUUAUGAAGGCAGUCCAUGCAAGUAUACUACUCCUUUGGAUGGCCUAGGGGCAUCAGUUUCAACAGUUUAUCAACAAGGCUGUGAUAUAGCUUGUGCCACUGCACAAGUUGAUAAUGCCAAGAAAGUAGCAGCUGCAGCUGAUGCUGUAGUGUUGGUAAUGGGAUCAGAUCAAACUAUUGAAAGAGAGAGCCAGGACAGAGUAAAUAUAACUCUCCCUGGACAACAAGCACUUCUAGUAACAGAGGUUGCUAGUGUUUCCAAGGGACCUGUGAUCCUAGUUAUCAUGUCUGGAGGUGGCAUGGACGUAAAAUUUGCAGUCGAUAAUCCUAAAGUCACAAGCAUUCUUUGGGUUGGUUUCCCUGGUGAAGCUGGUGGUGCUGCCUUGGCUGAUAUCAUUUUUGGAUAUUACAAUCCAAGUGGAAGGCUCCCAAUGACAUGGUAUCCACAAUCUUAUGCAGACAAUGUUGACAUGACUAACAUGAACAUGAGGGCAGAUCCAAAAACAGGAUUCCCUGGAAGAAGUUAUAGGUUCUACAAAGGUCCAACUGUAUUUAACUUUGGUGAUGGAUUAAGUUACUCCCAAUACAAACACCACCUAGUACAAGCACCAAAAUUUGUGUCCAUUCCUCUUGAGGAAGGACAUGCUUGUCGAUCGACGAGGUGCAAGUUCAUUGAUGCUGUUCAUGAGCAGGGCUGCAGCAACUUGGGAUUUGAUAUCCACUUGAGAGUUCAAAAUGUUGGGAAAUUGAGUGGAAGCCACACAGUUUUGUUGUUCACUUCACCACCCUCAGUUCACAAUGCACCUCAAAAGCAAUUAUUGGAUUUCCAGAAGAUUCAUUUGGCAUCACAAAGUGAAGGGGUUGUCAAGUUCAACUUAGAUGUUUGCAAGCAUUUGAGUGUAGUUGAUGAAGUUGGAAACAGGAAAGUUGCUUUAGGAUUACAUGUGCUACAUAUAGGAGAUUUGAAACAUUCCUUGACUCUGAGGAUUUAAAGAAAUCCUCAUGGUCCUUAUUUAUUUUAACUUCUUUUUUUCUCAAAAGAGAAAAGGAAAACUACCACAAGAUGGAAAUUCUAAAAUUAUCAAUAUGUUGAGGCAAUUGUAACAAAGUAUCUCAUUUUGUCAAGCUGUCCAACUUAUGUAGAAGAAACAAAAUAUUUAACUUGUAUGAAGCUUCUUAUUUUGUUAUUA